AUAAAAACAUAUUUUAGGAAAUAUUAUGCGGACUUGCUUUUAUUUUAUUCACUGCUGCAAUGACAAUUAAGGAACUCUUAAUUGUGUUCCUGGUUUUAUUCGUUUUAUUUAUUUUUGAUACUUCAGCAGUGGAUGACGAUGCCCAUCCUCAAAAGACGUCAAAAGAUAAAAAAAAGAGGUCUUUACAUAUGAGCAAAAUUGCUAAGGCUCACCUCUCUGACGAUAAUAAUCCCAAUAAUUACCCAAGGCUUCUUGGAAUUGAGUUCGAAGGUUGCAGAGUGCACCCACUUAUUGAGCAGACUUGUCUACAUGACCAUACUCUGAUGUUAUACAGAAAUAACAAUUGGUGGGAGCUUCAGUACACACAUUGAUAUCUAGUGAUUUUAUUAAACUUGUUGCUAGUUAUGGAACAGAAGCUGAUUCUACAACUAUUCAGGAGUUAGCACAAGGGUUUGAUGCAUUGCGAGCUUGUUCACCAGAAGAAAGUUUUGAGAUUUUCGAUGCAAUCAUUCAGCACUUUCCAGAUUCUAUAUUUGCAUACAUUGGAAGGGGAAUUUCCCUUGGCAGGCUUGCAAAUAAGAUUAAGGCAAGUUCCGAAAGUGCCAUGAAAGAUUUUGAUCAUGUGAUGUCAUUGAAGUCUCAUUUCUAUUUAGUAUAUCGAUGUCGUGCUGAGGUUCAUUUUUUGACUGGUAAGUAUGAAGAUGCAUUAAAAGAUGCUGAAAAAGAUCUGCAAUACAAGCACGAUGGAUCUGCUUACAUCAUGGCUGGUAUAAUUUCCUAUAAAAUGGAGAAAGAUUUCCAGGCAACAGAGUAUUUAAAAAUUGGGCAAAAAUUUAUCAAUGGUCAUAAUGCUGUAUCAUAUGAAUAUCUUGGCAUGGCUUACCUGAACAUGGGAAUGUUACGUAAAGCAAUCGAUGCAUUAAAAACAUCACUGGAAUUUGAUAGUGAAAAUCUGAAAAUAAUUCAAACUUUAGGAACUACAUACAAUGCUAUUGGCGAUUCUGAGAAUGCGCAUUAUUAUUUAGAUUUGGCUCUUAAUUUGGAUCCUGAAAACCCUAAGACCUUAGAGACCAAAGGAGAUGUCUACUUUCAAAGUGGACAGCCAAAAGAAGCCAUUCAUUUCUACAAGUCUUGCAUUCGUUUGGAUCCUACCUCCACUGGAUGCAUGUUUAUGAAAUCUGUAGCUUUUGCUUCUGUAGGACAGUUUUUUAAUGCUGUAAAAGCAAUGACUAAAGUUAUGCUGUCAGGUGGAUGCAACCAAGAUUAUGGGGAACCAUUGUAUUUAAGAGAUUUCUAUCGAUACCUAAAUAGAAAGCUAGAUGAACCAUUAAAAAACUAUCGCUUUGAUGAAGACCUGCCAGAAAACUAUAGAAAUUUAUGGGCCAAGAAAGUUUUUUCAAAUUAUUUUAACUACACUGAGCAGCCAGGUAUAGAACCACAUAUGAUUGACGUUGAAGACUUUCAGUUUUCUGAACUUUCAAACAAUACAAAGGUUCUUCUUUGUAAAGCAAAUCAGUUGGCUCCAUAUUUUCAAUAUCGAGUUGAUGGUUUCAUGGAGAACAAAAGAAAUAAUAUUGCUAUGGCAUUAGCAGCUAUAGAUGUUGGUCAAACUAUUAAAAAUUAUUGGAGCUAUCCAAAAUCUACAAAAGGCUGGAAAGGUCGCAUUUAUUCAUGGAGAGACCUCAUUGAAGUUGCAGUUAAGUGGCGUAAGCUAGUGUCAAUGGAUCAACCAGUGAUAUGGUUAUCUGAACUACCUAAACAUAUUGUGGAUGUCGGUUUUACUACUCAUAUGUUGUUAAAAAAAGGAAAUGUUGAAAUGCCAAGAUAUUCUACAUACACAUUAGAAGCUUUACAGUUAGCUAAGUUUAUGAUUCGGAGCUUGUUGGGCCAAAAACUACCUGCAAAAGCUCAAGACAAUGUUAUGAAAGCUGUUGCACCAAUUGAUAUAUUAAAUGUGUUAAAGAAAUAUGAUAGUGCUAACCCUAAUGGAGGAUUUACUGUUGGAAUGCAAGUGCCAUCUACUCGAAAUAAAGGUGGCUUGCUGCAUGGAGUUAUGUUAUCUAUCACUGGCGAAACUGAAAGUGAUGCUACACUUUCUAUACAGAGUUCUCGAACAUCUCUGCAGAUCAACCAAUAUAUUGCGGAAUUUAAUCAUCUUUUUAAUGAACUCAAAUUAGCUGUUCUUAAAAACAAAACGGAUACAGACAAUGAUUUGGCUGUUGAUAUUGUGCUCAAAUUCAUCUAUUACUUUUAUAAUUUAUUGCCUCUCUCUAGAGGAACAAGUGCUGUUGCUUAUAGUGUUGCUGUAGGACUUUUUUUGGGUGUCAAUAAAGAAAUUACAUCUUUUAUACCCAAGGAAAAACAACCUGACAUUGAGUCUUAUUUUUCUGGUAGCCCAGAUGCUUUUGUAAAAAAAAUGAGAACGUGGAUGACUUUCAAAAACUCAAAUCCACCAAUCACGAGCUAUCCUUCAGUGUCAGAAACCUUUUCCACUUCUCGAACGAUUAUUGAAGCAUUAAACGUCGACGUUACCGAGAAAAUGUGCCGAACGUUUUUGUUGGAGUCAUAGCUGCUGGUUUUAAUAUAUUCUGUAUUUAUUUUAUACGUGUUUUUAUAGAAUAUUUGUUUAAUAA